AUGAUUCCUGUGACCCUGCAGCAGCAACCCGCUCUGCUGCGCCGAGAACAGGGGACCCCUGCAGCAGCAGCAGCAGCUGCCGCUGCUGCAGAGCCUAAUGGCCCCCUUUGCAUUCCUCCUAGGUUGGGGGCCCCGAUGCAGUGCUACGCUCGUGGUUUCAAUCCCCAGACAGCGCUUGCCUCCCCCCAGGCGGUCAGCCGUGUCGGGGGCCCCCUUGCUGCUGAGCGCAAUACUCAAAAGGCAGCCCUGGGCGCUUCGCUCUACUCCUCGCAGCAGAAGCACAUGCAGCAGCAGCAUCCGCAACUGAAGCAGCAGCACAUGCAGCCCCAGUAUAUGCAGCAGCAGCUCGGUUUCACUGCCAUGCUAUCUCGCUUCCCCAACAUCACCCCCUGCAGCGCAGCAGAAUCAGCAUCUCUCAGCCGCAACUGCAGCAGGAUAUACCGUCUUGUGCCUCCACAAACACCAGCAAAUCUCCGUACAGGUCCCCCUGCUUCCUUUUUGGGGGGCCCCACAUCUCAACGCCCAGAGGCAGCUGGGCCGCUGCAUCAGCAGCAGCGCACCAUCGCAGCAACAGGAGCAGCAGCAGCGCCACAAGCAGCACAAGAAGUACUGCCAGCAACUUCUGUCCCUUCAGCAGCAAGCUGGAGGCAGAGGGCCGCCGUCUUUGACGCCUCGAAGCAGCAAUGGCAACUUGGAGCUGCUCCCCUGCAGCUGCAGCAGCAGCAGCAGCUGGGCCUGUCACUGCAGGAAGAUCAACAGCAACAAGAGCAAGAUCUGCUAAAACUGCAGCAUCUACAGCAGCAGCAGCACCUAGAGGAGCUGAGAAUGCAGCAGGAGCAGAACAAGCAGCAGCUACUAGAAAUGCAAAGGCAGCAGCAGCAGCAGCAACUGCGGGGCCUGUACCUUCAGCAGCAGCAGGAGCUAGACCUGCAGCAGCAGGAGCUAGACCUGCAGCAGCAGAGGCAACAACAAGAUCGCCAGUUGCUGCUGCACUCAGCUCAGUUGGAUGUCUUCUCCACCACGCAGCAGCAGCAGCAGCAAGCGGAAGUGCAGCAGCAACUGCAGCGGGAGGAUCAGCAGCAACAGUACGCCAUGCAGCAACAUCAUCAGGGAGAAUAUCAGCAGCACGAGCUACUGCUGCUGCAACAGCAGCAACAAGAUCAUGCCCACAGCGACGAUGCCACAGAGCAGCAGCAGCGGCUAACUGCAGAGCUGCAGCUUGUCGAACAGAAGCUAGCUGAUAAGGAGGCCCUUUUAGCUCUGUUUGAGGGGGCCUCCGAACAGCAGCAACAACUGCGGCGGGGGCUGCAACUGCAGCAGCUGCAGCGGCAGCAACAGCAGCUGCAGCAACAGCAACAGCAGCAUGAACAGCUGCUGGAGCUUAUUGAGCAGCAAAAGCAAGAGCUAGCCAAGCAGCAGCAAGCAGUUGACGCAAAACAGCGGGAGGUGGAGGAUGGUGUGUUGCUGCUGCAGCAGCAGCAGGAGGCCCUGAAAGCACAGCAGCAGCAGCAACAGGCAGCUGCUGAGGCACAGCAGAAGCAGCAACAAUGGCUUGAAGAACAGCAAGCAGCCUUCCGAAAAGCCCAGAGCGAACUUGCUGCUGAAAGGAGACAGCAGCAGCAGCAACAGGAGCAACUAACUAUGAUGCAGGAGAACCUCCACAAGCAGGAAGCAGAACUCGCCGACAAGAGGAAGAGGCAUCAGCAGCAGCAACAGCUGCUGCUGCAGCAGCAGGCAAAUAUGCAAGCCUCUCUUAGGGCUCAAGGAGUGCAGCUGCUGCAGCAGCAUCAAGCACUGCAACGGCAGCUGCAGCAGCAGCGAGAGUUGCAGCAGCAAAUCCUGGACCAUCAGCGGCAGCAACUCGUAGAGACACAGGAUGCGUUGCAGCAGCAGCAGCAGCAGCAGCAGAAUCAGAGGCAGCCUCCCUUUAACGAUCCCAGCGUUGGUCGCCGUGUGACGAGGGAGGCGGGACUAGAGCCUAUGUUGCAGCACGUGCAGCAGCAGCUGCUUCAGCAGCAGCGGCAGCAGCAGCAGCUGCAGGAGGAGUUGCUGCAGCACCUGAAGCAGCAGAACAGUCUGGAAAGCUCUAGUCAGGAGGCACGAUGGUGCUACUGCGACGUAAAAAGCUCCCAACCCUCUGUGAAGGGCCCCAAUUCCAAGGGGGCCCCCAUUGAGGAGCAAAGAGGUUCAGCAGACUCUACGCGGCUGCCUUCAGCUGAGAGCGCAGUUGAAUUAAGGGGCCCCGGGGAAUUCGGCAGCAGCUCAAGGGGCCCCCAAAGGGGCCUCUCCAGGAACCACUCUAAGGCCCUCCUCAAGGAGCCCCACAGGGGGCCCGUCAAGGGCCCCCAUGCAGUACACUCGAGAAGACCCUCCGACGAAGCUGCGCCCACUGGAGCUACGCAGGGGGGCCCUUCCACCGGUGCUAUGCAGGCAAAAAGGAGAGGGGCCCUCGAGGGCGCCCCCCGAAACACCUCUUUGGGGGGCCCCGUGAAAGGAGCCGCUCCAGGGGCCCAGGGGCGAGGGGGGACCUCUACAUGCCCUCCGAGGCUGCUGCGUUCAACGGAGUCUCAGCGGCUGCGAGAAGAGUCUUUGCAGAAGCACCUGAAGGCUUUGAAUGAGGGGAAAAGGUCAGGGGGCCCCCGGGAAGGACCCAAGAGGGGCCCCUCGGAGCACUCCCGCCUCCCCUCAGCAGAAUCAGAAUAUUCUAAUCCCUCUAGGAGUAUCAGCAAGAGCAACAGCUGGAGAGGCCCCCAGCAUACAGCCAGAGGGGCCCUUUAUCAGGGGGACCCUAGAGAGCCAGUCCACGAAGAGGCCCGCAGGGCCAACCCGCAAGGGGCUCCCCUAAACCCUCAGGGGACCCGGUUGCAGCAACAGAAGCUGCAGCAGCUGCUAGAGGAGCAGCGGAGGGAAAUAAACCUGCUGAUGCUUGAGAAGCAGCAGCUCGAAAGAGCUGCCACAGCAGGUGGGGGGGGCCUAGGGGGCCCUUUGACCCCCAAGGGCCCCACGAGGCCCCUCGCCUUCCCUAAGGAGCCUUACGUUCAAAACCCGGCCAACUGUGGAGAGGCAGACGGGGGCCCCCGCGGCUGCGUGUGCGGAGGCGACCAUCCCCGUACUGCUUGGGGGCCCCUCGAUGCAGCUUUAGCUGAAGUGCACAACAGCAAUGAGGGCCUCCAGCGGUGGACGAAGGUCAAUGAAGGCGUUUACUUCUAUGGAGACACCCAAGUGGGUGGCCCUUCUAACCUGUGUUUCCUUACCCUCCGUUGA